AAUGGCAGUCAGCCACCGACCAGCCCUGGUCCAGGACUUGGUGACCUUCAAGGACGUGGCUGUGCUCUUCACACAGGAGGAGUGGGGGCGGCUGAGCUCUGCACAGAGGGCCUUGCAUAGGGAUGUGAUGCUAGAGAACUACAGCAACCUGGUCUCGCUGGGAGGGAUUAAAAUGACCAUGAGUAAGGAAUGUCUCAGGGCAGAUAUCUCUAAAAAAGAAUCAGAUCAAUGGAUAACGAAGGAGAGAGUCACCAGAGGGGCUCACUGGGAAUGUGUUAACCUGUUAGACCGGCAGUACCAGGAAGGCCAGGAGGUCAGGUCGCAGCAAGUGAGCCCCACCCAACAGGACACUCCAUCAAAGCUUAGUGAGCAGAAGGUUGAGGUGUCUGAGAAGGGCUGCACAGUGAGCUCAUUACCCAUUCAGAGUCAGAGAUCUCAAGCAAGCAAAGAAGCGUUUGAAUGCAGUGAGUGUGGGAGAGCCUUUUCUAAGAGUUUCACCUUUAAGAAACAUCAGAAAAUUCAUACUGAAAAACUCAACACAAGUCAGAAAAUGCCCAUUAAAGAAAAGCGCUAUGGAUGUAGAGAAUGUGGGAAAGCCUUUCACCAGAGUACACACCUUAUCCAUCACCAAAGAAUUCACACUGGUGAGAAACCCUACGAAUGUAAGGAUUGUGGCAAGGCCUUCUCGGUGAGCUCUUCGCUUACCUACCACCAGAAAAUCCAUACUGGAGAAAAGCCUUUUGAAUGCAACGUUUGUGGAAAAGCCUUUAUCCGGAACAUACAUCUUUCCCACCAUCGUAGAAUACAUACCGGAGAGAAACCUUUCCAGUGUAACAUUUGUGACAAAGCUUUUGUUUGCAGAGCACACCUUACGAAACACCAGAACAUUCACAGUGGUGAGAAGCCCUAUAAAUGUAAUGAGUGUGGGAAAGCCUUCAAUCAGAGUACAAGUUUUCUUCAGCACCAGAGGAUACACACUGGAGAGAAACCCUUUGAAUGCAAUGAAUGUGGAAAGGCCUUCAGGGUGAACUCUUCCCUUACUGAACACCAGAGAAUUCACACUGGGGAGAAGCCAUAUAGAUGUAGUGAGUGUGGCAAAGCAUUCAGGGAUAAUUCGUCCUUUGCACGACAUCGGAAAAUUCACACCGGAGAGAAACCUUACAGAUGUGGCUUGUGUGAGAAAGCUUUCAGGGACCAGUCUGCCCUAGCUCAGCAUCAGAGAAUUCACACUGGGGAGAAGCCUUACACGUGCAACAUCUGUGAGAAAGCCUUCAGUGACCACUCGGCCCUCACCCAACAUAAGAGGAUUCAUACAAGAGAAAAACCGUACAAAUGUAAAAUCUGCGGGAAGGCUUUUAUUCGAAGCACACACCUCACUCAGCAUCAGAGGAUUCACACGGGAGAGAAACCUUAUAAAUGUAACAAAUGUGGGAAAGCCUUCAACCAGACAGCAAACCUCAUUCAGCAUCAGAGGCAUCAUACUGGAGAAAAAUGAUAUGUAUGCAGUUUGUAUGGAAGUGCUGUGGGAAUGAUGACAUUAAUUAUUGAAUAUAAGAGAACACAUGGAGAAUCACAAUGAAGACUCUUGUUGUAUUUACUAGAAGCCAAGUAUCACGAUGCCAUGGGUUUUGAGAGUGCUAAGGGUGGUAUUUCUCUUUAGUACUGCCUCAGUUGGAUAGUAGUACUUUUUCUUAUUGGCCUUAAUAACCAAGUAUUAGAACCAAAAUAAAACUUCAUUAAAAGUAUAAUGUCAGUUUUUUGAAUUCACAAUUUGUUAAGAUAAUUAUAAAAUUAUAAAAAUUAAUGUUGAGAUGCAAAUGAACAAAAAAGUAAGAAAUGGUCUAUAUGCAUUUGAUUCUAGAUUCUCUUCUGUAAGAAAGUUGAUACCUUUAAUAGAACCUUUUGUCUCCCCUCACCCACAACCCUGAUGCCUAAUGUAAAGAAGUUGCAGUCAGUCAUCUAUGCACAUGUCAAGAACCAUUUAAAUCAUACUUCCCAUGAUUCUGCUUCUGUUUCAACCACCUUUU